AUUCGAGUCCGUGCAGACUGCCCGGCACUGUGGGAGCUGCCCUAGCUCCUCCUCCUGCAGCAGGGCUGUGCUUGUGGCCAUACUGGUGACAUGGACAGACUCUUGGUGGAGAAGUGAUACUGUGGCAGCAAUUAUGAACCAGCAAGAGAGAGUCGGUCUUGGGACUGCAGCCCCAGCAGAAGGGAGCAGCUGUUCCCGCCUGAGCCCCUGGGUCUUGCUCGUUUCUGCCCUUGCCGUCAAAACUGCCCUUAUGACCGUCGGCCUCGUUGUUCUCUUUCACAGGAGCUGUGGCCAGUACAAGACUCUGCCCCAGAAUGCUUCGGAGUGGCACUGCAUCACCAGUGGAUCUGCAAGCCAAAAGGUCAGCUGGAAGUGCUGUCCAGAGGGCUGGAGACCCUUUCAGGAAAGCUGCUAUUACUUCUCAGAUGAUCAGAUGCCCUGGGAUGAGAGCCAGCAGAACUGCGGUGGGAUGGGCUCCCAGCUGGUGGUCAUCAAUACAAAAGCAGAGCAGGAUUUCCUCUCUAAGGAAAUAAGAAGACAGAUGAAAUACCGACUAAAUGGAAUCAAUUUAUACAUCGGUCUGAGAGCACAGAAGGUGGGCCAGUGGCGCUGGGCAGACCAGACUCCCUAUAAUGAAAGAGCAGCGUUCUGGAGGUCUGGGGAGCCAAGUAAUGUGACUGAUGAGCCGUGCGUUGUAAUCAGUUACCAGAAAGAUGUUUUCCGAAACUGGAAUGAUGUCCCGUGCAGAAUACGUUUUUAUCGGAUUUGUGAAAAUGCAGCAGUAACUCUAUGAUGGAGGAAUCCUCAUCCUGAGAUUAGCAGCGAACUGGGAAAAACAGAGGGCUGUGUUGGGAGGGGUAGGAGAGCCUUGGAGCCUUUAUCUUCCCUCUGCUGGGUGGGAUGGUGAGACUGGGAGUGAUGUUGCUCUGCACCCAGCAUCCCCUGUGCCUGUGCAUUUCUCAAAGUACCCCUGAUGUGGAAACAAUAAAUGCUAGAAGAACUCUGCA